AUGGAUUCUGCCUAUCUCAAGAAACAGCUAGGGUCUUGCCUUGCUGCCUGCUUAUCAGAAGUAGCAGAAAAAAGACCCAGGGAUCCAGUAGAGUACAUUGCACAAUGGUUGUACAAGAUGAAAGAAAACGAACAAUACAAAGCUCAAAAAGAAAAUGAAAAGAGGAUGCUAAUUCUGGAACAAGACAACUUUGAAAAAGAGAAGGAAAUACAAGCAAAAAGGAAAGAAGAAGCUAUGAAAAUUGCAGAAGAAGAUGAAGAGAGAAGAAAGGCUGAGGAGGAGCGUGCUAAGAAGGAGAGUUCAUCCCCAACUAAGCUGCCACCAGUGAUGGAGGCACAGGAGCCCACAGAGGAAGAAAUCAAACCAACAGUGGCUCAAAUCCAGGAAGAGGCUGCACCAGAGGUAACAGAGGAGGCAGAAAAACCUAGCGAGGCAACAGAAACACCUGCAGAAGAAGCACAGAAACCAAGUGAGGAGACAACAGAGGAGGUGUCUGUACCAAAAGAGGAGGACGGUGAGCAAGCAAAGGAGGAAGGAGGAGAGGCUCCACCAGAGCAAGAAGCAUCGUAGAUAGAUAUACCUGAUAGUUCAAGUCACAAAAAUCAAAACAUCAUAUCAUUGACAAUGAGGCAUUUACUAAUAUGUAGAUAGGAUAUAAAAAGUUGUCUGGAAAGUGUCUAAAGAUGAAUCAAAGGAAACCUUCAACUAUUU